CUACUUCCACAGCAUGUCCGUACUGAGAUCACUCCGCCGAUGACCACCGGCCAGUAAACGUCGCUUGACAACGACACCGCGCUAAGAUCAUCUCCAUCAUAAAAGGGACCGACACAUCGUAGACACCUGGAUUAUGGAUGUGUUAGUGCACGAGGCGUCCAGAGUGCCGAAUUCGUACAAAGAAGUCGAAACAAGACCGAGUGCAGAACACGGUGCAAUGGAUUUACAGAGCAACGAUCAACCCCCCGAAGCCACUCGGAUUCCCCAAAGACAACCCGUCGACAUAAUAUUCGAGGAUAUUUCUUACACCGUAUCUCUCGGCUUCGGUAAAGGUGUAAAGGAAAUCUUGCACAGAGUUAACGGACGGUUGCCCGCCGGAGAGUUGAUCGCGAUCAUGGGACCAUCCGGUGCGGGGAAAUCGACUCUUCUCGACGUCCUUUCCGGGUAUCGCAUCACCGGGGUCGAAGGUACGGUUUUCGUCAACGGGCGAGUUCGCAACAUGAACGUCUUUCACAGGUCGAGUGCAUACAUAACGCAAGACGACAGACUCCAGCCUCUCUUGACGGUUAUUGAGAAUAUCAGGAUAGCAGCGAAUUUGAAGAUCAGCACGAACACGCCGAUAUACGCGAAGGAGGCUAUCAUCGAGGAAAUAUUGACUAAACUUGGCUUGUACACACACAUGCAUACGAGGGCUGGAAGACUCAGCGGUGGUCAGAAAAAGAGACUUUCCAUUGCCUUGGAGUUGGUCAACAACCCUCUCGUCAUGUUCCUGGAUGAGCCUACGACCGGGUUGGACAGCUCGUCUUGUACACAAGUCGUGAAGUUGCUACAGCUCUUGGCGCGACAAGGACGAACGAUAGUUUGUACCAUUCAUCAGCCGAGUGCUUCACUUUUUCAACUAUUUGAUCAGGUAUAUGUUCUGGCCAGAGGAGAGUGCUUGUACCAAGGUGCAGCGAGUCUGAUGGUACCUUUCCUAGAAAGCGUCAAGCUACCAUGCCCAGUUUAUCACAACCCGGCUGAUUAUGUGAUUGAAUUGGCCUGUGCGGAAUACGGCCAGGAUAAGAUCGACGCUUUGGUUUGGGCAACGCAGAACGGCAAGAGUCUCCAGUGGUUCACAAAUCCAGAUGCUACGUUAGACACAGCGGCAUUACGAGCCAAACAUCCACUGAAAAAUUCUGGAAUUUAUGAAAAAAAGUCGCGACAAGAAACGUCGCAAUAUAAUCAAAUAAAAGUCCUCCUGCAGAGAGGAUACUUGAAAACUAAAAGAGACACUACUCUGACCCACCUCCGCAUAGCUGUGAACAUCUUUACCGGCGUAAUGCUGGGAACUCUGUUCAUUCGUGCUGGCAACGAAGGUUCCAGAGUUUUGGAUAACUAUAAUUUACUAUUUGCUAUUCUCAUGCACCACAUGAUGACCACCAUGAUGUUGACCAUUCUUACAUUCCCAAACGAGAUGAACAUCCUGAAGAAAGAGCACUUCAAUCGAUGGUACAGUUUGAGGUCUUACUACAUAUCUGUAACCCUGGUGGAUAUUCCGGUCUCCGUAUUCUGCUGCCUGCUGUUCUCGGUCAUUGUCUAUUUGAUGUCAGCACAACCUCUAGAAAUAAGCAGGUUUUCAAUGUUCGUUGCAAUCAGUUUGCUGGUUGCGUUUGUCGCGCAGAGUUUCGGGCUCAUGAUCGGAGCCGUUUUUGGAGUUGUGAAUGGCACCUUCAUGGGCCCAACGCUCUCUGUACCGAUGAUGAUGUUUGCCGGGUUUGGCGUCACUCUUCGCGAUCUACCCGCUUACCUAAAAUGGGGUAGCUACAUCAGUUAUCUGCGAUAUGGACUUGAAGGAUACGUCAGUGCUAUCUACGGACUGGAGAGGAAAACACUGGCAUGUGGCUUCGACGAGGUGUACUGUCACUUCAAAUAUCCGAGAAAGUUCCUAAUGGAAAUAGCCAUGGAUGGGGAUCAGUUUUGGUUCGAUAUUUGUGCCUUGGGUGUGAUUUUACUCUUUACGCGUCUUUCAGCCCUUCUUCUCCUCAGAUGGAAGCUGAUGGCAUCUCGGUAGAUGUUUAUUUUAACUUUUGCGGUGACUGUUCGUCACGCAACAGUCAAUUGUUAAGAUAAGAAUAUCAGAUAUUUAUUGUGUGGGUGUAUAUUAUGUGUUGCGUGUAUCGGCAAGUCGCAAUUGACCUUAGGAAUAUAUCGAAAAAAACGAACAGCAUUUUGUUAAAUCUUGUAAUCGUUUUUAACCCCAACCAUACGAUUGGGUUUAAUACUGUCCGCGGACCGCAUUAAAUUGUUGCACGAUGUAUUCUCGGGUCUUCAAAGAUAAUCUCAACGAAUUUCUCAAAUUCAAGUUGUUCAAUUGACCGGAACACGACUACUAUCCGGCUUUUUUCGUUACAUCUUAUACAUUAGACGUUAAACCGCACUUAUGGCAACCAUGUCAGGGCAUGAAAGUAAGUAUAUCUAUAAAAAAAACUAAGAUAACGUAUCAAUGCAAUUUCUUUUAGUGUAUAACAUUGUAGAUAUAAUAGUAGAAGGUACUGAGCAAGCAGGACUGCAAUUUAUCUGUGAGCUGCGCCCUAAAGACUAAGCAGCCGUUAAUGUUUGUCUUGCUCAAUUCCGAUUACCGCUUUUCUAUCACCUUGUAGAAAUGUGAAACUUUACGACGUAUUCACAAUUUUACCGAAGGAGAUACAUUAUGAUAUUACGACAACGUGAGAUAUUGUUAUUUAAUUUUUAAAAAUUAUUCUACGAUGGACUUCCAAAGAUUCCUUGCGCUGCUGUGUCAGGAACCAGAUAGUUAUUCUUCAUAAAUAUUCUCAGUUAUAGUCACGAUUCAAAAUUACUCAAUCAGUAAAGCAAAAUUUCUUCAAAAUUCAACUGACAUGGCUUCUUGAAAGGUACGAGACAAAGGCGAUGGAUUUUCCCUGGCCAUUUAGUAUUUCAGAGCGUUUUAUUCAUGAAUUUUUGGAAGCCCAUGUGUCAUUUGAUUCGAAAUAUUAUAUAUUUUUAUAAUAGAUACUUUUAUACCCUAAUGCGAUUUGAAUUACAGGUCGUAUAUUUAGGCAAGUUAAUUUUACUCAUAUACAUGUAUAAUAAAUGUAUGUAUAUAUAUACAUAUGUGUAUAUCUACGAUAGUUAAUAACUGAUGAAAGAAUUUCAAUUUGAAUAAUAAUACGAUAUUAAUUUUUCGUAUGCUCUGCACUAAUUUCCUACAUCAUUCACACAUGGUUAUCUUUCAUCUAUAGGUCUCUCUGGUCGGAGAUUCGUCUCUCGUUUUCUCUUUCCUUGCAACUUGCGGAAACAGGUUUAACAGCUACCGAGAGAAUUCCUUCAAGAUUAAAAAAAUAACCUCCGCAAGCUUUCUCACUUUCUGCAUUGUAUGCGGAGAAAUUCUGCGGGCAGAGGUAUUAAAGGAUAUGACACGAUUGUCGCCCAAGUCAUUAGAGAAUAUUUUCUUAGCCAAACAUAUCGCGUCCUGCGAUAACUAUAGGUUAAUAAACACAUUCACUCAUACGAUUGGUUUCCAUUAAUAUUCAAUGACUGUUGGAUAAGCGUUACUAAUGUUAUUAUCACAUAUUUGCUCACAUUAGACAUGAACUGACUAACGGGCUUGAACGAUUGUUGAAUGAGUUACCCAAUACAAUCACUUUCAAUCAGGAUUAACACCAAAUAUUGCGAUCCUCACACUUGUUAAAGUAUUUGCGUAAGCGUACAGAAACCCGUUUACUGUAUAUUUACUUUCAUUUAUGAUACAGUAAUUGUCUCUCUGAUUCAUCUGACACAGAAAUUUGGUAGGGAGUCUGUGCAGACCAUUGACCGCGAUAUUAGUCUCUGGUAUUCAUUAUAAUAUUCUGCAAAAAUUCCGGACCUAAGAAUUGAACUCGACUUUGUCUCAAAAAUAAAAUAUGCUUUGAAUAUAAAUAUUAACCGACAAAGAGCUGUUAUUCAGAGUAAUAGUGGUGAUGGUUCGACCUUUCAAAAUGAACCGUACUACGCGGACAGAUUUGAUAUAGAUUCGUAACGGUUGUAGGAAUAAAUAAUUACGUGGCUCAUCACAUAUUACAAAUCCAAAGAUGAUUUACUUUUACAAGUAUUACGAAAAUAUUUUAAAUUGCCUUGACCGAUUUAUGAACUCUCAAUUGCACGUGGAUCCAAAAUCAACGCGUAGUAUGAGAACGUCAAUAUAACCAUUAGGUAAUGUUAUGCAAAUUCACAUUUCUAUUCCUUUACUUUGACCAUUUUCACAUCUUGAAAUUUAGCUCCGGGUAUCGCCAUGGGUGCUGUGCCUCAAGAAGUUUCUUUCAGUCUUUCUUACGUCGAGGUUCAAACUGCCUCGAAGCAAAGACCUGAAAGUUUAUGAGAAUCUUUUUGAACCACAGGAUACUUCAUUUUUAUUAACUGUAUUUUACUCUUCAUUUCAAUUAGCGUUCUAUUGUCGUUGUGUCAACUUUUACCUACGGUAUAUGAACUUCGUGUGCGAUGAAAUGAUUGGAGUAUAACACGCGAAGUGGCUCAAAUUUAGUUCACGCAGAAAAAAAAAAGAAAAAAAAAAAAAAAAUUCCCACACGGGUGAAAACUCGCUUUGGAUUUAACAAGGUUGAUUCACCAUCGAUCAAUGUCAAGAC